AUGUCCCAUAUCGCUCUUUCCGCUCUCGCUGUACUAGGCACCUUCCUCGUAUCGGCAUCGCCUACACAAGAUCCUUUCUCUCUCGAUUCCAACAAGAAAUUUUAUGAUGUCCAGGCCCACCGUGGCGGCAGAGGGAACACUGUUGAGAGCACUCUGCCAAGCUUUGCAUGGGGACUCGUCGAUGGCUCUACCACUCUUGAAUUAGAUAAUGGCAUCACCCUCGAUGGAGAGGUUGUCGUGUGGCAUGACGUAGGUAUUAUGGCCAAGAAAUGUCGAGAUACCAAUCCCGUGGUUCCAAAUGAUCCCAUGUUCCCCUACGUAGGGAAGUUAGUUGCUAAUCUCACUCUGGCCCAAAUUCAAACCCUCGACUGUGGGUCACAGCGCCAGGCAGACUACCCUCAACAACUACUCUAUCCCGGCGCGCGGAUACCGACUCUGAAGGAGGUGUUCGACUUCGUUUCAUGCGCUGAUCCUUCACAUCGGAUUUUGUGGAACAUCGAAUCGAAGAUCGACGCCCGCUUCCCUAAUCGCACCGCUGGCGUUCAAGACUUUGUCCAGAAACAGUAUUCGAUUUUUCGAGACAGUCCCUACUACCGAUCCAUAACGUACCAAAGUUUUGACUGGAGAACCCUCAUCGCUAUGAAGGAACUCGACCCAACGAUAACUACUUCUGCAUUGAUUGACGAGGACACUGUGUUCGCACCUGAGUGGUUGGCGGGUUUGCAACUAGACAGUUUCCCAGGGCCGUCUCUCGGGGAACAGAUGGCCCAGGCUGCGCACGCCGUUAAAGCCGACAUCUUAUCACCUACUGCAACUGUUCUUAUCCCUUCUCCUGAGGAUCCCUCUGAGAGCAUAAAAUUCACCACACAGAGCCUAGUAGACGAGGCUCACCGACGUGGCAUGCGUGUGAAGCCUUGGACGGUAAAUCGUCUGGAUAUCGCUGAUGAGCUCCUUCGGUGGGGUGCGGAUGGGAUAAUUACGGAUUAUCCCAACGUGGUUCGCAGGUGGGCAAAACAGCAAGGGCUUCCCGUGGCACCUAAAUACCCCAAGCAGCGUGUCUUUUCCUGCUUGGAGAAACACAUGCGAAGGGUCUAG